GAUGGGCCUCUAAAUGCUUCAACAGUUCCAUCUUUUCUUCAAUCUUUGGGCUUCAAAAGAGUUUCUUGAAAUGCUUCAAAAGCUCCAUUUUUUUUUUUUUGUCAUUUUGUGCUGAAAAGUGUCAAACUUUUUAAUGCAGUACAUCAAGAAUCCUGGUGGUAAGCUGCUUAGGUUGUGAGUUCGAGUCAGCAAAGGAGCGAAAAAAAGGCGGGAGCUCCCAGGGGAGGGUUAAAGAAAAUGCCAAAUCUUGGAGUUGAUAAUGCUGACACUGAGGCAAAUGGUAGUGGCAGGAAUGGUGAGUUCCGCCGCCACCGUAGGCGUCGACGACGCCGGCAGCCAUCCAUGGCUGCUAGCAGUGAGACAACAACAACUGAUGGGAGUUUACAUUUCACUGAUUCUGACUCUGAUCAGUCUUGGCAUUCACCUUUAGGCUCUAUGGAUGGCAUUUCAAUAAGGGAAAAUUACAGCUCAAUACCUUUAGUAAAUUGUGAGCAGCCAAAGAGGGACAAGCAAAGGGGGACUAUUUCUUUGUCUGAUGAAGAGAUUGAUUUGGAGAGUGGUGAAUUGGAGAUGUUGAAGUUGCAUAAUAAAGAAGAGAGGGAUUGUAGGAUUUGUCAUUUGAGUUUGUUGAAAAGUGGAGGGAUUAGUAGUAGUGGUGGAGACCAAGUACAAGAGAGUAAUUCAGUAGGGAUGGCUAUUGAAUUGGGAUGUUCUUGCAAAGGUGAUUUAGGUGCUGCUCACAAGCAAUGUGCUGAGACUUGGUUCAAAACCAAGGGAAACACAAUUUGUGAAAUUUGUGGUACCAUUGCACUGAACGUUGCUGGAGAGCAAACAAAUGAUGCCAAUAACUCUACAGUAGGCACUCUUGCAGCAUCCACAGCACCUGUAUCCCUUUCUGAAACCCAAGGCUUUUGGCAUGGUCGCCGUGUCAUGAAUUUCCUACUUGCAUCCAUGGUUUUCGCCUUUGUCAUCUCGUGGCUUUUUCACUUCGAUAUAUUGCCCUAGAUGUUACAGAAGAUCGUCCUGUCAGAAAUAACGUGUUCUGUAUUGUGAGAAUCAACAUAAAUUAACUCGCUUUUACGUUGGCUGUCAACCUACCGCAACUUUGCUCCUUUAUCCAAGCUUUGGACUUGGAGAAAUGUUUUGUUAACUCGUAAAACAUCAACAGCUCCAACCCCGGCAAUUUCUGAUGUCGAGCUACAUCUAGGUAGAGGAAUAUUCAGAUAUUAUCUUAGUUACACGAGUUUAUAAAGGUGAUGUGGUAUCUAGUAAUUCAGAGGGCAGAGCGUGAUUUGAAGUUUAUGCGUUCUGAAUCUUAAUCUUUUUAAGUUACUGGUUCUGAUUCAAUAAUUUGUAUAUAUCCAGAGAAUUUUUAAGACAAAUAGAGGGUGUGAACCAAAGCUACUGGGUUCAGUCAAACCCCUAGCUGACACUCUAGCUCCGCUCCUGUCCAAUAUAAGCCAUGCUAUAAACAUGUCCACUUUAUAUAGGGGAUUCAGAGAUUAAGUUCUCGAUCUUGUUUGCGAUGAUGAUUGUUGGCUAGAAUAGAAAGUUUUGUUCAUCAAACACCUUGAUGAAUUUAAAGUUCUUCCUAGCUAGUGUACCUAUGUAAGUAUGUAUAGAAGUAGCAUUCUGUUGUAUAUCAUCCUUGAAAUUUUUGUACAAAUAUCUCAUGGCUCUUAGUUGAAUUGUAGCUUAUGUUAAUCACA